CGUGGUUACAUAGCCUGUGCCCUAAUGUAUCUCCUCUACUGAAUCAGGAAACGUUGAAUACUAGGGUGUAAUCCUACAGGGUCUCACUAACCAGGUGCACUGCCUUCCCAGAAACAUACAUUAGGUUCUGCAGGAACAGCUGGUCAACUUUUAACCAGAGUUCAGAAUGUGAAAAGAGGGCUGUCUCGUUCUUGUUUAAUGUCCCCGCCUUUGUUACCAUCAAAAUGUGGUCAUCCUUUUGGAGUAUUGCACUUACCGUGUGGCUGACGCUGGGACGGCUCACCGCAGGCAUUCAACUUGAUAUCAAUGAUCCUGAAUCGAUCAAAGAUGCCGCCGCAACAGCCGCCUACGGUAUGAUGUCCUAUUAUCAUGGCAACGAAUCCGGUCAAAUCCCAGGGAAGCUUCCAGGAACAUGGUGGACGGGUGGCGAGGUAUUCAUGGCCCUGGUGCAGUACUGGUACUGGACAGGCGACACAUCAUACAACGAUGUGACCAAGCAAGCCUUGAUCUGGCAAAAGGGCCACAACGACUACUUACCGGACAACUAUACCCAGGAUUUGGGCAACGAUGAUCAGGUAUUCUGGGGCCUCGCCGCGAUGACUGCCGCCGAGUUGAAUUUCCCCGAGGAUGAAGAAGUGUCAUGGCUCGCACUUGCCCAGGGCGUAUUCAACACUCAGGCUGAGAAAUGGGACCCCGAUACCUGCAAUGGUGGUUUGCGGUGGCAGAGAAAUUCGUGGAACGGAGGCUACGAUCUAAAGAAUUCAGUCUCUAACGGAGGGUUCUUCCAGCUCGCGGCCCGCCUGGCACGAUAUACCAAAAAUGAAACUUACUCCGAAUGGGCAGAGAAGGCAUUCACCUGGGCCACGUCUGUUCCGUUGAUCAUCGAGAAGGGGUGGACUAUAAAUGAUCUGGUUACUGUGGAAUCGAAUUGCAAGGCACCUAACCAGAUGCAAUGGUCUUACAAUUACGGAAUCUACUUUAAUGGCGCUGCAUACAUGUAUAACUUGACGAAUGGUGAUAGCAAAUGGCAAAAUGUGGUGGAAGGCUUACUGAAUACUACAUGGCGCAACUUCUUCCCAAAGGAGUACGGGGGCAACAUCAUGGUUGAGCCAUGCGAGCCGCAAAAACCGGGAGUGGUAGAGUGCGAUGGUAAUCAGUCGACAUUCAAGAGUUUGGUUACCGCUUGGCUCGCCUUCACGACGACGGUCAUGCCCAACACUCUCGACCAGAUCUUGCCCAAAUUACAGGGCUCCGCAGAGGGAGCAGCAAAACAGUGUUCCGGGCCCUCUCCGGACAAGAUCUGUGGACAGCGAUGGUACCUUGAUAAAUAUGAUGGUGUCACCGGCCUCCGGGAGCAUAUGUGUGCGUUGAGCGUUUUCACCGCGAAUAUGGUGCCAUUCAAAACUGGAAACCGUGAGCAAGGUCCGUUAACGGCGGACACUGGAGGAACGAGCAAAGGUGAUCCGAGUGCAGGCACGGGUAGUCACAAGCCAGAGAAGGACAAGCCGCGAGAGAUCACGACAGGGGAUCGUGUGGGUGCCAGCUUUGCGACGGUGGCUGUUGUGGGUAUAUGGCUUGGAAUAGUAGCCUUUAUGAUGACCGGGGACUGAAUUGGACAUACAAACGGCGCGCUAUGCCGUGGACCCGAAUCAUUGAUUCCAAACGCAGGGCAAUGGAAGAACAGUCGAAACUGAGAUGACGGUUCUGCUCAUGGUCUCCAGACCGUACGAAUAAGAGACUGAAUGAGGACAGCUUUUGGCUACAACUAUUCUGUCUUUCUCAAACCGAUGGAGACCGCAGCCGGGAGGUAUGACAUGCAUACGAUACCAUAAGCUCAUAUUAAGAGAACAUUUCCUGUCACAAGUUUGUAUUGUACAAGUACAACCAAUAAUAUUAUGCCAAUUCCUCUUUA